AACUUCCCUUAUUAUUUUGUAAUACAAUUGUAUUUGGAAAUCUCGAACCAGACGCUCGUAUGCGCGAGGUUCUUCGCGAAAUACGAUUUCGAAUUCGAAUAUACUUUUGAAUGUGUAUUUUCUAUUCCUUUUACAAAUGUAUCAUCGUAGGAAAAACUCAAUUUAUCAGUAUGUCGAUCCCGACUUGAAUUAUUGCUCGCAAUAUUGCUAGCCUUACUGUUAUAACUCGCAGAGAUAACCUCAUUAUUUUAUAUUGAUGUUGUGUACAUUUAAAUUUGUCAUUUUGUGAUAUUUAUAAUCAUCGUGAAUAUUAAAAUAAAUCUGCUUACAUAUUUCGUUGUAACAGCGCGGAAUAUAAAUAUUUUUGUUUUUGUUUCCAGAUAUGAAUGUACAUUACAUGAAUUACAUAUUUAAAAUAUAAAAUUACAGAUUGAUUUUUGUGUGUGUUGAGGAAUAGAGUAUUGUAUAUUAUAGCAAAUAAUUUUGUACAUCUAUAUAUAUCACAAUUCAUAUAUAUUGGAAUUUGUAUUGCAAGCUGCUUCAAUGAGUGAAGAAACAAAUGUAGAUGUAUCUUAUUUGAGUUGUGAUAUAAAUGGCACAAAAUAUAUUUACAAAAUUGCGCCAUAUCCAAUGGACAUGAUAAAAGAUACAUUUAGUGAAGAGCAAAAUACAGAUGAUAUUGAGAAGGAAAAUGAAGCUAAGCUGGAAAAUGAAGAAGAGUCAAUUUCUUUGAUUUAUUUGAAUGGGCAAGUGUAUGCGUUUCAAAAUGGAAUGCUUCAAGAAUUGGACACAAAUCAGAUUAUGCAACAGACAGAUUUUCAGGAAAAAACACUCUUAGUAUCAAAGGAUAUGGGAAAUGAAAAUUGUGGGAAUGAAUAUAUCACUAAUGGAAAUAUAAUAUUUAAAAAUGAACAUUCGGAAGAGCAAUAUGAAGUUACUACAGAAGAAGCAGGGAAAGAUUUUGUUACAGAGGAUGAUAAUGUUAAUGUUAAUGAUUUUGUAGAAAUUGUAACUGCUUUUAAAUGCAAGAUAUGUGCUUAUAUAACUCAAAAUAAAAUUCAAUUAUUAAGCCAUAUUCAAAAAAUACAUCUAAAUUCUACUAUAAAUAUUGAGCCAAAGGAAGAAUCUAAAAAUAUGAGUGAAGUAAGGAUAGUUUAUAUGUGUGCCGAAUGUUCCAAUUGUUUCCCUUCUUUUGAGGACUGCAGAGAGCAUAUGAUUAAUGAUCAUCAAUUAACAGACAUUGGAAGUGAUGAAGCAGGAAAAGAAAAUUUGACUGAUCUGACAAAUCCUGACUUAAUAUCCGAACAUGUAGAUCAAGCUAUUGAAAAUAGUAAAGUAGAACAUCCAGUAAAAAUCCCAAAAACAUUAAGCUUAGAAUAUAUGCGUAAUAAGAAAAUGAUAGAAUUAACGGAAAGAAAUGUGAAGUGUUCGUAUCAGAGUUGUCCAUACAAAUUCGCCUCAGAAGAAAUUAUGCAGCAACAUAUUAUAUGUCACACAGAAUCUGAAACUACGACAAAAUUCAAAUGCAGUGUAUGUCGAGAUGUAAAAUUUACAAAGUGGCGUCAAUGUAGUUUACAUUUGUGGAAAAAGCAUCAAAUUGAUAUAGGUUUGUUCACUUGCAAAAUAUGUGAAGCUUACAAAAGCGCUACCAUGGUAAAACUUUUAACACACAUGAGAGUGCACAGUGAUACUCGUGAUUAUGAAUGUCCUGAUUGUGGAAAAUGUUUCAAGCAAGCUAGUCAAUUGCGUAAUCAUCGUGUAAUGCAUUUAGAUCGCAAAACUUUAGAAGUAACCCGAUGGUAUACUUCUAAGAAAUGCGACGUGUGUGGUAAAACCUAUGCAAACUCAAAAUGUUUAAAGAAUCACAUUCAAGCCGUGCACUCGAAACUACGUCCGUAUGUUUGUAAUGUUUGCGGCCAUUCUAGCGCCAGGAAAGCGAUGUUACAAAUGCAUUUACGUCAACACACAGGAGAUAAACCUUUUAGAUGCGAGAUUUGUGAAUAUAAGACUGGAGACCAUAACUCUUUACGACGGCAUAUUAUGCAACAUACGGGAUUUCGACCGUAUAAAUGUCCACAUUGUUCAUAUACUGCAAUACAAAGUAGUAGUUAUAAAAAUCAUUUAAAAUCGAGGCAUCCUCUAUUGUCUGGCUUAUUUACGUGCGAUCUGUGUCCUUUUAAAACAGUGAAAAAUGAAAGCUAUAUUCAACAUGUAAGAGAUCAUGAAAAGGGUUUAAUAAAAUCUAAUGUGCAAAAAAAAGAUAGUGAGAAUGUAGAAGUCUUUCCUGGUAACAUUGCAGCAGCACAAUUAGUUUACAGCUGUCUUGGUGCCUUUUCGAAAGAUGGAAAUACAUUAGAAGCUAAUUUGAUGUCUUCCUCAACAUCUGCUGACGGUACUUCACAAACAAUUACGAUACAAAUACCAUCAAAGCAUCUCGAGAGUUCAUUAUCAACAAGAGAAAGUUUAAACAAAACUCAUUCUACGAUUGAACAAGAGGAUGAUGAGACAAUGCAUUGCUUUUUAAAAAUUCCUAGAGAAGAGGAAGAAAGCAUAGACACUGGUGGUAUAACAAUACCCGCAGAACCUGAGGAAAAAAAUGUGAGAAACAUUGAUAUUGAAGACACCAACAUGACAACCAGUGAUAUUGAAGAAACAAAUGUGACAACUAUUAAUAUUGAUGCAUGAAAUUAUACAAAUAAUAAUUAAUAAUUAAUGUCAAAUUAAUAAAAUGAUCUCUGUAACUAUUAUGAUUCUCUUGCUAGUAUCAAAGAGUUAUUUUUUAUAAUAUAUCAUUCUUCUGUUUUUCCUGCAGUAAACAUUACAGAUAUUGUUUAAAAGAAAAUCAAAAAUAAAAAUCGAAUAAUUUAUCAAUAAUCCUCUUCAUAAAUUUUAUAUA